UUUAGCUGCUUUUAGCUUCCACCGACACGCAAGAAGAAGAGUCAGCGGAGCGUUGGGUUGUCGUUAGCUAACAUGGCUAAACAUCACCCAGAUCUGAUCUUUUGUAGAAAACAAGCGGGAGUUGCUAUCGGGAGACUUUGCGAAAAAUGCGAUGGGAAGUGCGUCAUCUGUGAUUCGUACGUGAGGCCGUGCACGCUGGUGCGCAUUUGUGACGAGUGUAACUACGGGUCCUAUCAGGGGCGCUGCGUGAUCUGCGGAGGCCCCGGAGUGUCUGAUGCGUACUACUGCAAAGAGUGCACCAUUCAGGAGAAAGAUCGGGACGGAUGUCCGAAAAUCGUGAACCUGGGCAGCUCCAAAACAGACCUGUUCUACGAGAGGAAGAAGUAUGGCUUCAAGAAGAGGUGAAGAAGAAACCCCCCCGGCGUCUGUUAGGCUUUCCUUCUCGUUUCCAAACUUCCAAGAAAACUGUUUUGGUUUGUGAAUAAAACUCACUUUUGUACUCCA